AUGGCUUCAAUUUCGCUUCCCCCGCAGCCUCGAGCGGGCUUUGCACAGCAUUUCGAUUCUUCUCCUCAAUCAGACACCAUCGCCAGCCGUCGCCUGACCAUGCCUCCGUUGCCGAAUCCGCCUUUCGUCUUUCCUGCUCGAGAUCCUGACGCUGCCGACCAGGAGACCGACCGUCGAACGCCCCCCCGCUCUUCCGGCCUUCUCCUUCAACCCAAGCGCGGUGAAUUCGUCGGAGGCGAUCAAUUGGUAACACCAGAUACAGGGGUUGCUGCCGACAAGCGGGAUGAACCUCCGUCACCGACACCACAGCCCGCUGUUCCGUCAGGCCCUCCACCUGGCAGAGGCCCUGGACGACGGCAUCAUGCCCAUCGUCGCUCUGCCGCGGUCUCUGGCGUCGACCUGAACGCCAUCCAAAAGGCCUUGGGGUCCAAUCCGGGUGCUCCAAGUGCUCCGACUACCCCUGGCGAUCGCACCUUUGACUCUGGCCCUGAAGAUAUUCAACGCCCGCUCUCUUAUUCGGCGACGAGCAUUGGUCGCCCUACGCCUCCAGCAUCUCCCAAAUUCCCCCCCUGUCUCCCUGCUCCGACGACCGAAGAUCCUGAAAUUGGCCGACCUGUUUCAGCAGCACCCCAGGAAGCUCCUCGGAUUCCAGCAGAUGUUCCUCUUCAACGUUCGGAUAAUCCUGAGCCUAUAGAGCAGGCACCGGUCCGGAAGCGCACGACAAAGCCGAGGCCGAAAACCGCCGACGCUUCGCUAGCUUUCGAUUUGAUGCAGAGCCAGAAUACCUCGGAUGUCGCUGCAAUUAAACGUUCGAAAUCCACCGGACACUCUCGUGCUCGCAAGAGUGUAUCCGCUCGGCAUAUUAAUACUCACGUAAAUACUGAAACCGAUGCGCACUCGACUGACACAUCUCGCCCCUCAUUCUCCGAUGAUGGAUCCGAAUCUCCUAGUGACACAGAAGACGAAGGAGACGAUCCCCAUGCGACGAAAAAAUCGCGAUCUAAAAAGAAGAAGCAGAAGCGUGUUCGUCACUGGGCUGGCUCCCUUCUAGGCCGGAGCAAGGGCAAACGCCAUGCUAAGCCAGAGGCUGAGAAGUCGGAGAGUCCCGAACGGAAGGAAAAGAAAGCGCCGCGCCCUCCUGCACUCACUCGAACCAAUUCAGAAGUCGGGUCCUUCAUGGAAGUUGAUUUCGACAACGACGACGUUGUCGUUCUUCGCACUCCCACUAACACCGAAGCCCCAGUUUCGGCCGAGGAGCGUGAUAAGGAUAUACCACCUGUACCCACCGCUUCCCUCGAAUCAGCGUGGAAACCCCGAAGCUUCUACGAACAGACUGCGCAAGAUGAAGUCUUGAGUAGCCCAAUUAUCGACCUUGAUGCUGCACUUGGACCGUUCAAUACUCCCGAUAUGCGACCAGCAAAGGGAAACUUGAGCAAGUUCACCGUGGCAUCUCAGCGCAUGUAUAGUGGUGGACGACGCGGUGAAUUUGUUGGUCCGGAAAUGCGAUAUCAUCGCCGCACCGAGAGUGCACCUAUUAUGACUCCAUUCGAUCGCAGUUCUUUAGGUCCCAUCCGCCUAGGUGGCGCUACUGGUGUCGAAACCCCAGAUGUUUUUUACGAGGAGGAAGAGGAUGAAUUUUUGGCCGCCAACCAGUCACCCAGGAACGAACUUGUUUCGAGUCAGAUCGCAGCCGCGUUUUCAUCUACUUCGGAGGAAGAUAGCCAAUCCGUCAAAAGUGAUGAUACCGGUGACACUCUGACUCGGGCGCCAGAAUCUACAACCGAGACAGCCGCCGCCCCCGCAUCUAACCCCUCAGCAUCAGGGCCUUGGAAUUCAGGCGCCGGAUCAGGCGUACAGUUCUCCCCGGCCUUUGCGCCAAUCGAGCAGAAAGCCAGGCAGCCUUUGCAAAGUGCCAAUCCUUUCGGGCGGCCGCCUCGCAGCCCGGUGGAAAUCCUCAGGUCAGAGGAUUCCGUGGCCAGAGCACCGGGACCUCCAAGUCCCGAUGUAUCGCCUGGUUUCUUAGCUGUUGAUAAGCGUCCAGCUACUUCUCCCCACGAACUUCACCCUAAUAUUCCCCCGUUGUCUCUUUCUGCCGGAGUUUCGCCCUCGGAUUCGUCGUUCCCAUCACCCGAUGCGCCACGAUUGUUCAACGACCGUUAUUUCUCGAGCCAUUCAUACCACCAUCUUCCUUCUGAUUAUUACAACCAUGCCUCAGUCGAAGAUGUUCCAUCUCUGACGAGUAGUGCAUCGACAAUGACCAACACCAUGAAUCGCUUUUCUGCAUCAUUCUUCCCUCGAGCUCGCCUAUCGACUGACCGAGCCGCAUCCUUCUCCGCCGCGGUCAACCGACGUAGCAGUCAGGCCAACGCAUCGAAGAGAUCUAGCCUUGCUAGUCUUUCCAAGUUGGUUGGCGGCCCGCACUCAGAGCGAAGCAAGCUAUAUCAAGAAGAGAAGCCUCCUGGGGACUCGCCCGACAAAAGCAGGAAGAAGGGCCGCCGUCUAAGCAGACUGAUGCAUUUCUGGAAACUGAAGGACAAGGAGAAGACAAGCACUAGCACAAUCGCCGAGGCGGAGACUCCCUCUGAACAUCCUUGA